UUUCCUGUUAAGAUUAUAUAUCAUUUAUAAGCUGGAAUUGAUCAUGUGUAGGAUUAUUAUAUAUCAUUUAUAAGCUGGAAUUGAUCAUUUGUAGGAUUUUUGGGUGUGAGAACUCUAGCUGGAGAACAAGGAGAACAAGAGGAUGAUAGACAGUUCUAUUAGAGAAAUAGAGAGGACAAGCCUUUUGAGGGUUGAGGACACAGAGAAAUGGAAUGAACAUGUUGCAGUCCUCUGAUAUCAGAAUGAGAGGAAUCAAAGAGAACUCAAUCCUCUCUUUCAAUACUGCUGCACAAUUCCCAAUUGAUUUUGUUGAGUUUGACGUUCAGAUUGAUAGACAUAUAUUGAUUCCAUCGCUAUAAUCUGACACAUCACACUAUGGAGCCGGAGAAACAAGUGAAAAAGUACAAGGAAGAAGAAACAGUUUCUGGACCGUCAUCUAUAAAGAAUGAUGCUGUUGCAAAAGUACUUGGUCCAGAUCCACGAGGACGAGUAAGAGGAGACUCCAUUUUGGACCAAGCCCAGGGCUUCAAGUCCACGCCGAUCGGAGAUUGCAGCUUGGGUUUCCUACCGGAAAGCUUCGAUUGGGCUAGCCACGGUGCCGCUGACGCCACUACUUCUUCUUUUGCCUGCGUUGGUGAGGAAAAUGGAAAAGGGUUGUCAAAACCAAAAGGGGGCUAUUUGUGCAAUUGGAUAAAGUCUAGGUUGGUUAAGCCUGCAGCCGAUUGGGGUUUCGAUUCCGGUAAUGGCGAGGAUUUGGAGGAGAUUGAUGUGCUGCUACUGAGGCUAAAUGGGAUUGGGGAAGAAGGGGAUAGAAUUGUUGAGGAUGAAAAUGGGGGUUUGGUUCAGUGCUCUAUGUGGGAUUGACAAUUCUGAGUGGAGCAAUGAAGAAAGACAUCUCCACACCAAUGAUUGUCUUGACAAAGAAGAAUUUCAACCGCUACAUGUAAGUACAAGUGUCUACUACUGUAAAGAUUUGGGCUUUUUGAUUGUGAAUGCUAAUUUUACUAUAGGGUAUUUCAUUUCCAAUUCCUGAUGACUUGCUGGGGCCUCGAGUUUCUCUCUGUCGUGGUUCCGUUGAUAUUAUUCCCAGCAAACUCAAAUGUAGACACAAUAAUAACUGAGACGAGGUUCUGGUACAGCAUCAAAGAAAUUUUAGAGAGAACCCAUCAAGCUUCAGAGCAAUGUGGCGAGAAAGGUGAAGAAGAAUCAAAAGGGAUUUGAAUUGGAAGCGAGAGAAAUAGAAGGGUGAAGUCUUUAAGAAGAAAGAUCAGUUGGGAAAGCCAGAAGAUUUAAAAUCUUGUUCUUUCUCUCUGUGGUGGUUUUGGAGAAGAAAGAGAUAAAAAAGAAAAAAGAAAUAAAACAAUAAAUAUGAGGGUAUUUCAGAAACUAAGAAGAGAGUUGAGAAAAAUAUUAUUAAAAUAUUCAAA